GCAUAAACCAUAUAAGUUAAGAAUGGGACCAAUAAUAUUAAUUACUCUCGUUAACAAAAUGGAAAAUUUCCAACAUUGAAAAUAGAUUUUUAUCAUGACCAUGGCGUGUCGCGUGGCACCAUUUCGUUUUCCUUCAACUGCCUCCCAAACACACUUCCUUUUCUCCACACUCCACGCCACUCGGCUCUCCCUCUCCGCCAACUCGACCGCGACGACUCAGCCGCAGCUGAGUCGACUCGGCCCGAUCUUCAUGAGCCAACCCGCCGCCGAUUCGAGCGCUGUCCCUUCUUCCCAGGACGGCGCCGAGAAGGCCGACGGCUCCGACGUCCUGGUCCAGUACGUGGUGCUCCGGCGAGAUCUGAUCGACACGUGGCCGCUUGGGAGCGUGGUCACGCAGGGCUGCCACGCCUCCGUCGCCGCCGUUUGGCUCAGCAGAGAGGAUCCUCACACAGUCCAGUAUUGUAGCCCCGACAACAUUGAUUCUAUGCACAAGGUUACUCUUGAGGUGAAGGGAGAGACCCAAAUCUUGAACUUAUCAGAAAAGCUGAAAUCUGGUGGCAUAGCACAUAAACUUUGGAUUGAACAACCUGAGAAUUUUCCAACAUGUCUUGCUACAAAACCUUACCCCAAAUCCAUUGUAUCGUCAUAUUUUAAGAAGUUGAAGCUCUGUAAGUGAUUGAUUAUUGAUCUCAUUAUUCAUACCCUUUAAUUCAUCACAUAACUUCGUUGGCUAGACAACCGAAUUUUGGCUUAGAUUGUACGCUUCUCCUCGUACCAUUUUUGUUAGGAUUUUUGUUCUUCCACCGUCAGGUUGGUUGCUACACUAAAAUUUAAAUGAAUGCGUCUUGGGAGGCGGCUUUAUCGAGUA